CCUCCCCGCGCCCCUUGCGAGUAGCGCUGGAACCAGAGCGCAGGGGCCAGACGCCCGGCGCGGGAGGAGGAUGGCGCUAGUGGUGCUGCGCUUGGCGCUGCUGCUCCUGGCAGUUACCUUCGCAGGUAGCGCUCGGAGCGGUCCUGGAGAGCGGGGACCUCUGGAGAAAAGCGGGAGAGGGAGUCACGCCGGCGGCGGCCCCUGCCCGGCUCUGGGCGGCCUCGGCGACGGCCCUCUGUUCCGUCGAUUUUCAAAAUAUAAAACGCCAUUCUGCGCUCGGUAUCGAUUACCAGGAUGUCCCAGGGACUUUAACCCUGUGUGUGGCACUGACAUGAUCACUUAUCCCAACGAAUGUACUCUGUGCAUGAAAAUCAGGGAAAGUGGUCAAAAUAUUAAAAUCAUCCGACGUGGACCCUGCUGAUGGAGCAGUUUACAGAACAGAAGAUGGAGAGACCACCUUCACUGGCAGACUAGAUAAAUUGCGUUUCCCCUUUUUCUCUUUUCCUGUAUUUCUUUACAUAAGAUUUGUUAACACACAUCUUCUGAGAGCAGGUAUGGAAGACAGCCAUGUGUAGUGAUGGAUAAUUUAAAUAAAAAAAGAAUCCUUGUUUCUUGGCUUUUGCUCCUAGAGUUAAGCUUGCUGCCCAGAUAACUUGUGCAUUGCUUUAUUUAGUUGAAAUAAAAUCAGCAUUGAAUUCAG